CAGGCAGGCGCUCGCUCCUCUCAGGCCCCCAUGCAGGCCCCGCCCAGGCUCAGCUCUCGCAGGUUGUCGCGAGGUUUGAGGCCGCGGGCCCGGCCCGGGCGGCUGCAAUAUGGCGGAGGCGGAAGGAGAGAGUCUGGAGUCCUGGCUGAAUAAGGCCACCAAUCCUUCCAACCGCCAGGAGGACUGGGAAUACAUAAUCGGCUUCUGUGACCAGAUCAACAAGGAGCUGGAAGGGCCACAGAUCGCUGUCCGACUGCUGGCCCAUAAGGUCCAGUCCCCACAGGAAUGGGAGGCGGUCCAGGCCCUGACGGUGCUGGAGGCGUGUAUGAAGAACUGUGGGCGGAGAUUUCACAACGAAGUGGGAAAGUUCCGGUUUUUGAAUGAGUUGAUCAAAGUCGUCUCUCCAAAGUACCUGGGGGACAGGGUGUCUGAGAAAGUGAAGACCAAGGUUAUUGAGCUACUUUAUAGCUGGACGUUGGCCCUGCCAGAAGAAUCAAAGAUCAAAGAUGCCUACCACAUGCUGAAGAGACAGGGCAUAGUGCAGUCUGACCCACUGAUCCCUGUGGACAGGACACUGAUCCCCUCUCCACCACCUCGUCCCAAAAACCCUGUGUUUGAUGAUGAGGAGAAAUCCAAGCUUUUAGCCAAGUUGUUGAAAAGCAAAAACCCAGAUGACCUGCAAGAGGCCAACAAGCUGAUCAAGUCCAUGGUGAAGGAAGAUGAGGCACGGAUCCAGAAGGUGACCAAGCGUCUGCACACUUUAGAGGAGGUUAAUAACAACGUGAAGCUGCUCAGUGAGAUGCUGCUUCAUUACAGCAAGGAGGACUCGUCAGAGGCAGAUAAAGAGCUCAUGAAGGUAGCUCCCCCACCACGAGGACAGCUGGGCUCUGGGCAGGGAGCCAGCCUUCGCCAGGAGCUGUUUGAUCGGUGUGAGAAUAAGAGGCGGACAUUAUUCAAACUAGCCAGCGAGACAGAGGACAAUGACAAUAGUUUGGGGGACAUCCUGCAGGCCAGUGACAACCUCUCCCGAGUCAUCAACUCAUACAAAACAAUCAUUGAAGGGCAGGUCAUCAAUGGUGAGGUGGCCACCUCAACCAUGUCUGACUCUGAAGGACACCACCACUCCAGGAACCAAGGCACUCUCAUCGACCUUGCAGAGUUGGAUGCACCGGGCAGCUCAACCCCCGUUUUGGCCCCCGCCCCACCCUCCUCCGGCAUCCCCAUCCUCCCUCCACCCCCCCAGGCCUCAGCACCUGGGCGCAGCCGCUCGUCCAGCCAGGCGGAGGCCCCCCCAGGGCCCAGCAACACAAGCAGCGCCCUCUCCUUGCUGGAUGAAGAGCUGCUCUGCUUGGGCCUUGCUGACCCAGCCCCUACGGCUCCUCCCAAAGAGUCAGCUGGAAACGGCCAGUGGCCCCUGUUCCAGAACGAACAGUCGGACCUGGACUUCUUCAGCCCCAAACCUGGGACUGCUGCUUGUAGCCCCUCAGAUGGGCCUGUCCUCCAGCCCUCAGCAACCCCUGCAGGCAACUCCCAGCCUCCACUGCCACCCCCCUUCCCAGCUCCUGUGGUCCCAGCCAGCGUUUCUGCUUCAAAAACAGGCUUUUUGUUCCCCACUGGACUGGCCCCAAAGGCUGAGCCCACAGCCCCCGGGUACCAUGGCUCAGCUUUGAGUGACAGCUCCCUGCACCAGUUGGAUGCCCUCGAUCAGCUUUUAGAAGAAGCCAAAGCGACCUCAGGCCUGGUGAAACCCAUCUCCUCCAGCUUCUUCCCUGGGGCCACCGCCUCCCCUCUGAUCCCCAGCAGCACCUCAGCUAGGCCUCUCCUGCCGUUCUCCACGGGGCCUGGCAGCCCUCUCUUCCAGCCACCGGUCUUCCCAUCCCAGGGGAGCCCCAUGAAGGGGCCUGAGCUUUCCCUGGCCAGUGUCCAUGUCCCCCUGGAAUCUAUCAAGCCUAGCAGUGCCCUUCCUGUGACAGCCUAUGAUAAAAACGGCUUCCGCAUCCUCUUCCACUUCGCCAAGGAAUGUCCACCAGGACGGCCCGAUGUGCUGGUGGUGGUUGUGUCCAUGCUGAAUACGGCUCCUCUGCCUAUAAGAAGCAUCGUGCUACAGGCUGCAGUACCCAAGUCAAUGAAGGUGAAGUUGCAGCCACCCUCUGGGACGGAACUCUCUCCAUUUAGCCCCAUCCAGCCACCUGCAGCCAUCACCCAGGUCAUGCUGCUGGCGAAUCCACUGAAGGAGAAGGCAAGGCUGCGGUAUAGGCUGACCUUCGCCCUUGGGGAGCAGCUGAGCACAGAGGUGGGUGAGGUGGACCAGUUCCCCCCUGUGGAGCAGUGGGGGAACCUAUGACCCUGAAGGAUGCGGUCAUCUCCACUCUGAAGCCCAAGUAGGCCGCCCCGAGACAGACAGGAGGGCUCUCCGGGUCGUCAUUCUCCGUGUCCUGACCACAGCUGGAGCUUUGGUAUGGAACAGGGGCCCUGGGCAUUGCUGCCAGGAGCUUAACUGUGAUGGUCUCUCCUUUGGCCCCUUAAAGGACCUGUUUUUAUCUACCUGUGUGACUUGAAGUGGCCAUGUACUGUUGGGCGGGGUGUGGCCCCGGACUCUGCACUGUCGCCCUGGGAACACAGACUUAAAGCUGGAGUAGGUUUUCCCCUCGUGCUGGCACCCUGCUGCCACAAGAGAGGAGGUCUCUAAAAAGACUUGGGGCCCUUCCUCAAAGACCAGGUCCUCACUCCCCACCUCCACCAUGCUACUCUGUGCUCCCCUUGCUGGCAGGCUCCUACCUCCAGGAAGGUGGGCAAGGUCCAGUGGUCCCAAACGGGCCUGGGCACGAGAAAGGAGUGGGUGUGCUGCCUUCCACGGGCAGUGCCAGCCUGGAAUGGCCACUGGAUAAGGUUGUGCUUGUCCCUGGCGAUGGCAAGCUGUGUCCUUUGGACAUCUCAGCAGGACGUGGAACUCAGCCUAUUAGAAACAGAACUUGGCCCCAAAGCAGCCUAAACUAAGGCUGAGAGAGAAGACAGAAGAGAACCGUUUCCCCUUCUCCGAAGCAGGUACUCGGAGCUUUCUGCGAAAAGUGUGCCUCCCGACGCGGGACCAGGCCAGCCUAUUCACUACCUCUUGCUUGGCAUGAAAUAAACUGCUGUCUUGCCCUUCGAGCCCCUGAAGGGAGGACAAUUCCUGCCCCCCUCUACGUCCUCCUGCCUUGGCCUCCCUCUACCCCCAGAUGGCCUGUCAGGACAGAAGUCACAGACAGGAGGCCUCAGGGUCAGGCAGUUGCACUAGACUUACCUGCUGCCCAGAAACUGACUGUCCUCAGCUGCAGGGGGUACUGUCAGCGAGAUGUUGGGUCUGGAGAUGGUGAGAUUGGGGGCCAGGCUUGAAUCGAGUCACCAGACCUUAUUGCUUGAACAGUGCUCAGCCCAGCUAGCUUGUGCCGGCCUGUAGGCCUCCCAGGGCAACAGGAAAGUGAGAACCACCAGCUGGGGAAAGAGGACACAGCUCACCUGAACUCAGCUGGACGGGCUCAGAGCCAUCUCCAGGGGAAGGCGGCACAAGCCACGCUCCUGGAUUCCUCCCUGUUCCUUGCCAGGCUUCCUCACCUUCCCCUUCCCUCCCAUCUCUGGCAAGCAGGUUUCACUGCUUCGUUAAGAUAGGUCAAACGUGAACUGAUUUCACUCCUUACGGAAAAAAUCCAAGAGUUUCCCAGAGGCUGGCUGCCGCAGCCCUGGAAAAGUCUAUGGGAUUGCUACCUGGAACUGUACCUUUACAAUGAGGUUUAGACGUUAAAAUUAUUUAUGAGUGUGACUGUUUCAUGACAAACAGCUAUACUGGAUAUAUCAACUCUGCUGCCCUUAUUUUACUGCAUGUUAAAUAAAACCAUUUUCAACCUA